AAAUGUCAUGUUGUCAUGUCAAUGACUAACACGCAUCCACUGCUGCAAACUAACUGUGAGAACUUCAUGCAAACAACUUAUGAAACAUCCUCCAGCUGAGAGUAAAUAUCCAGACAGAAAACCUACAGAGCUGUUGUUCCGUUGAGAUGGUUCAUGAGUUGUUGGGUCACACUGCAGCUGUCCAGAGCAGCUCAUUCUCAUCAGAUUCACAGUUUGUGGCUACAUGUUCCUGGGAUCAGUCAGUUAGAGUUUGGAAACUCCGGGAUGGAAAAGAGGUCACGAUAUUACAGGGACACUUGGGAAACGUGGCCUGUUUAAGUUUUUCUGUUACUGGGAUGCAGGGUCAUAAGGACUCAGCAUAUGGGUGUGUUCACUCCAGGUGGACAGCUUCUCACCAGCGGCUCUGACCAGUUAGAUGUAGAACAGGAAGAGGAAAACUGAUGAGUUUAAAUGGAAA